AAGAAGACAACAUCUGGACCGAAAAGGGAACAAUGUCGGAUAACACGAGGACCCCGAAGUACCUCUCCUCCUUCUGCUGCGCACUGGGAGACAAAUAAGAGGUGUUCCGUGAAACUCCUCCGGGUAUUUUCGCCGGGGAAGCGCGUAGCAGAGCAGAAGCUGUCACACAAGUCUCCACCAUGGAUCAGUCCGUCGCAAUUCAAGAGACUUUGGAAAGGGAAGAAAACUGCAUCAUUGCUGUCCAGUGUGACGUCUUCAUGGAUGACAUCACAGAGAGCAGACUGCUGGGAUUGGUGGAGUCUGCAAAAGAGCAUGCACUCUUUAUUUAUACCCAUCGAAGGAUGGCUAUCACUGCUGAUGACGUGUCACUGGAGGACAUCGUACCCAUCUCCCUUGACUUUGCUGUCGUGGAGGUUUCCUCACCAGAGGAACUUGCAGUUGUGGGUGCCGAUACCAAAGUGAGAUUAAGCUACCAGGAAGAGGAAUUAGAGCUCAGACUUCCUUUUGGGUCCCACUCGCGACUCUUCCUCAGCGAGGUCAACAGAGCGUGGAGUGAUGUUUGCAAGUCUACCACACAGACACCUAAGUUCGAGUGGAUCAGCAAGUACCACAGAGCCAACACAGGCCAGGGAGUUGUCAAACAGGCCCUCGCACCUCUCGGCACAACACUCACUAAACUCAACCAGCACCGGAAAACAGAGAAAUCAUCAGACAAAAAAGGAACUUCGGAAAAGGAGAAAGGGUCAAACAGUGGCACGCAGAGGUCCAAAGCACACUCCAGCCCAGAGAGUCUGGCCAUUCCCGGUCGAGAGGACCGGGAUGACCUGGUGCGCUCCUCCAGCCAUACCCCGUCCAACAAAGCCCAGAUACUGGCCAUGCCGCAGUUUGUCCUGCGUGACAACCUCAUCAAGUGUGAGCUGCGGAAGAAUGAGGACCUUUACACUUAUCUGGAGGAUUUCAGCUUUUUCCUCGGCACAUACAAUGUGAACGGACAGACACCAAAGGAAAGCCUCCGUCCUUGGUUGAGCUGCACCCUCAACCCUCCUGACAUGUACUGCGUGGGUUUUCAGGAGCUCGACCUCAGCAAAGAAGCUUUCUUCUUCAAUGACACCCCCAAAGAGUUGGAGUGGACGAAAGCAGUGUCUGAGGCCUUGCAUCCAGAUGCCAAGUAUGCCUUAGUGAAGUUGGUGCGUCUGGUUGGCAUCAUGCUGAUCUUCUAUGUGAAAAGUGAGCAUGCAGAGUUCAUCUCUGAUGUGGAGGCUGAGACUGUGGGCACUGGCAUCAUGGGAAGGAUGGGCAAUAAGGGUGCUGUGGCGAUCCGUUUUCGCUUCCACAACUCUGAUAUCUGUGUGGUCAACUCUCAUCUAGCUGCUCACAUUGAAGAAUACGAGAGACGCAAUCAGGACUACAAGGACAUUUGCAGUCGUCUCCAGUUUCGCCAGCUUGAUCCUACCCAGCCUCCACUCACUAUUAUGAAGCAUGAUGUGAUUUUAUGGAUUGGGGACCUUAACUACAGGAUCAGUGAACUUGACGUCUCUAACGUGAAGGAGCUCAUCAGCAAGAAGGACUUUGAAACGUUGCACAGUUAUGAUCAGCUCAAGAGGCAGAUCGAUGAGGAGGCCGUGUUUGUUGGCUUUGCGGAGGGAGACAUUGAUUUCCAGCCCACCUACAAAUAUGACACCGGCUCUGACAAGUGGGAUACAAGUGAAAAAUGUCGUGUGCCUGCAUGGUGUGACCGUAUCCUGUGGAGAGGGAAGAACAUCAUGCAACAGCAUUAUCAGAGUCACAUGGCUCUGAAGACCAGUGACCACAAGCCAGUCAGUUCCCUGCUUGUUGUUGGGAUCAAGAAAGUAAAUGCGGAGGCCUAUAAGAAGACCUUUGAAGAAAUUGUGCGCAACAUAGACAAAAUGGAGAAUGAGUGUAUUCCAUCUGUAACCUUAUCCAAGCGAGAGUUCUACUUCAAAGAUGUAAAAUACAUGCAGCACCAGGCAGAGACGUUGAGCCUCUUAAAUGAUGGGCAGGUCCCGUGUCAGUUUGAGUUUAUCCAGAAGCCUAAUGAGCCGACAUACUGCAAGCCCUGGCUCACAGCCAACCCCCCGAAAGGCUUUAUCGCUCAGGGUGGCUCCGUGGACAUUGAGCUUGAGAUUUUUGUAAACCGCUCAACAGCUCCUGAACUUAACUCUGGCAAGGAGGAGAUCGAAGACAUCCUGGUGCUCCACCUGGAGCGCGGCAAGGAUUACUUCAUCUCUGUGACAGGAAACUACCUGCCCAGCUGCUACGGCUCCUCCAUCCAUUCACUGUGUCAGCUGAGGGAGCCCAUCCAGGACAUGCCGCAAGAGACCCUCCGUCAAGUGGCGGAGAUGUCUGUGGACGAGAAUGCAGCAAACACUGAAAAGCCUCUAGACAUUCCUAAAGAGCUCUGGAUGAUGGUGGAUCACUUGUUUCGCAAUGCACUCAAACAAGAAGACAUAUUUCAGCAACCAGGGCUCCGGAGUGAAUUUGCAGAAAUAAGGGAUUGUCUUGACACUGGCAUUCCAGAUUCUCUUCCGGGCAGUAACCACUCAGUGGCAGAGGCCUUGCUGCUCUUCCUAGAUGCCCUCCCAGAGCCUGUGGUCCCCUACUCCUUUUACCAGCAGUGCCUAGAAAGCUGCUCUAAUGCCAGUCAGUGUGAGAAAGUCAUUUCCAUACUACCUCAGUGCCAUAAAAAUGUGUUCAACUAUUUAGCUGCCUUUCUCCGUGAGCUGUUGAAGAAUUCUGCUAGCAAUCGAUUAGAUGUCAACAUCUUGGCCACCAUUUUUGCCUCGUUGCUCUUGAGAUCACCUGCGAAACAGGAUCUUGCAGAAAAGAGGAAGACUCAGGAGUUUUUCCAGCACUUCCUGACCCACAGCUCCUCCUAGAUGGAGGACUUCUCCGUCUUGUUCUUCAUGCUGAAGUGGAACACUAAAAACUGUACAGUCCAGUAUUUGAAAUAAAAUGUAUUGAUUUCUUAUAUUCUUAGAUGGCUCUUUGUAUAGAUAUAUAGUAUAAUAACUGUAAGUGACAGUUCUAAUAAUAAUAGUUUGUUUCACACACGAUAAUGUUUGAGAUCUGUUGAUGCACAGAGUUUAUUAUAUAUGGUUAAGCAUCUGUAGAGACCUAACAAUUUGUAAUGUAUGAAUAUUUUAUUUAAAAAAAGAUCAUUUGUAUUUUAAUGUUUUUGAUCUCAACAGCAACGUAUUGUUUUUAUAUAUAAAACUGCUGGAAACAAGGUGUGUGUAAGUGAUGAUUUUUGCCAGUCACAAGCAAAGAAAUUAAAAUUAAAUGAAUAUGUUUUUCAUUA